AUGACGGAGGAAACACCGCCUCCGACUAAACGUGUUUUUAUCAACGACGUGGAUAAAUACUCGUCCAGACACAUCGCCAAGUUUCUAUUCACGUCUCUAACGGAAGACAUCGCAUCAGUUCCUGGAGCGUCUUUUGAGCUCAGAGCGACCGUGUCCUCCAAAGAGGAGUUCAGCUUCCCACUGGAGAAAUACAAACUGCCGACUCGGGACGAGCUCCUGGAGAAGCUGAUGGAGUGCGACGUGGUCGUGUACAACAUCUCAGAAAAUGCAACACAUAAGCAGCUUGAAGAGGCGACGUGGGCGUUAAAAGCCCUGCAUGCUGAGACGGCAAACUUCAAGACCCACAAACUGUUCAUCUUGGUCUCGACGGUGAUGACCUGGGCGUUGACCAAGCCACAGAACACGGUGAGCCUGGGGGAAAACCACAACGUUCUCAUCACAGAACAAGAGUUCAGGAGAAGACGACCUCAUCGCAAUUUCAAAAGCCACAACAACCUGGAGAAGCUCGUGCUCAAACUGGGCAAAGAGAAAAAGUCCAAACUCACGGGUUAUGUUGUAGGCAGUGGUCUUCAGUACGGAAUGGGGGAGAAUCUCUUUCACUACUUUUUCAAGACAUCCUGGUUGAUGGAAAUGCCGAAAGUCCCCAUAUUUGGAGAUGGCAAAAACUUCAUCCCCAUGAUUCACGUUCAUGAUCUUGGCGGAGUUAUUCACAACAUCAUGGAACAGACUCCAAAGUCAAAGUACAUCCUCGCUGUCGAUGACUCCAAGACCACGCUGGAGGAAAUAGUAAAGGCUAUAAGUGAGGCACUUGGUCCGGGGAAAACUUUCAAUGUACCAGAGCUGGAAGCCAUCGCCAUGGAAGCUUGUCAGCCCGGGGAGCUGGAGUACUUGAGCAUCAACCUCAGCCUGGACAUCUUCAUCAUAAAAGACUCCUUCAACCUCCAUUGGAAGUCUGAGGCUGGGAUGGUUGAAAACAUAGAGAGCAUCGUGGUGGAAUACAAAACCACCAGGCAGCUACUACCCAUCAGGAUCUGCCUGGGCGGACCACCAUCUGUGGGUAAAACCACGAUUGCAAAGAAGCUCUGCAAUCAUUACAAGAUCCACCACGUCAAGAUUAAGAAGAUGAUUGAGGAAAAGGUGGCGAAACUGAAAGAGUUGGCAAAUGGAGAUGAUUCUGAAGAGGAUAGUGAAGAGAUAGCAUUAGCUGCUCGCUCACAACUGGAUAAUAUUAACAACAGCAUGGAAACGCAUCAAGGACGCCUGGAAGACGAACUGAUGUUUGAGGUUUUGCAAGAAAAGCUGAAUUCUAAGCCGUGUAGGAACCAAGGAUAUGUUCUGGACGGCUACCUGAAGACCUACGCUCAAGCAAAGCAACUUUUCCACGAUGACGACCCAGAGGAAGAGGAUACGACGAUGAAAGGACCAGUGUUCAACAAGAACAUCACUCCAGAGUUUGUUAUUGCCCUAGAGGCGACAGAUGAAUUCCUGACACAGAGAGUUCUAGGACUCCCAGAAAGUGUUGCAGAGAAGACUCGUUGCACCCACGAUGAGUUUCUCCCUCGCCUGAAGAAAUACCGACAACUCAGUACUUCUGAAGAAAAGCUGCUGGACUACUUCGAUGAGAUUGAGAUUUACCCAGAACACAUUGAGGUCGCCACCGACGAUCCAGAGUACAAAGAGGUGAUGAAGCAAAUCAUUGCGUCCGUGGGGCCCACCAAGAACUAUGGCCUGAGUCCGGAGGAGCAGGAGGAGGAGAGGAGGAAGAAGGAGGAGGAGAUGAGGAAGAGAGUGGCUGCAGAGAAGGCUGAGCAGAAACGCAAGAAUAAGACUGCACUGGCUGAGAUGGCUGCUCAGUAUGAGGAGUGGGAGAAGAAUCUGUCGGAGGUGAGGAGGCAGGAGGAAGAGCAGAUGGAAGCUCAGUCUCUUCCUCUGAGGAACUACCUGAUGAAGCACGUGAUGCCCGCCCUCUCUGAGGCCAUGGUCGAGUGCUGCAAGAUCAAACCUGAGGACCCCGUCGACUUCCUGGCUGAACAUCUCAUGAAGAAGAACCAGGGAUAA